AUGCUGGCACGCUUAGCUGCGAAACGCUUCAACGAGAUUCGUCACGUUUUCCGUCAGCCUUCGAGGGCUUUCUCAACCGCUCUGAACUACCACCUAGACUCACCGGACAACAACCCUAACCUUCCAUGGGAAUUCACCGAUCCCAACAAAGCAAAGGUUAAGGAGAUUUUAUCUCACUAUCCAUCCAACUAUAAGCAAUCUGCAGUGAUUCCACUUUUGGAUCUUGCCCAGCAGCAGCAUGGAGGCUGGCUCCCUGUUUCUGCAAUGAAUGCGGUAGCAAAGAUUAUAGAGGUCCCCCCGAUACGGGUCUAUGAGGUUGCCACAUUUUACUCCAUGUUCAAUCGAGCUAAGGUUGGGAAGUACCAUCUUUUGGUCUGUGGAACAACACCUUGUAUGAUACGAGGUUCACGAGGAAUUGAAGAAGCCUUACUGAAACACUUGGGUGUGAAGCGCAAUGAAGUAACGCCAGAUGGUUUGUUCUCUGUUGGAGAAAUGGAAUGCAUGGGAUGCUGUGUGAAUGCUCCUAUGAUUACAGUGGCUGAUUAUUCAAAUGGAUCAGAGGGAUAUACAUAUAACUACUAUGAAGAUGUAACCCCAGAGAAAGUUGUUGAGAUAGUAGAAAAGCUGAGAAAGGGUGAGAAGCCACCGCACGGGACGCAAAAUCCCUUACGGAUUAAGAGUGGACCUGAAGGAGGGAAUACUACUUUGUUAGGUGAGCCCAAGCCUCCUCCCUGCCGUGACCUGGAUUCCUGCUGA